AUGUUUGGUCGUGAGAAAGAAAUAAAGGAAGUCAAAGAAAUUGUACAAACUGGCACAGUGCCUGUUGUCCUGAUAACCGGGGGACCGGGAUUUGGAAAGACAACUGUGGCUAACGAAGUGGCUCAUGAGCUAGCCAAACCAGAAAACGAAAGGACUGUCUUGUUUUGCAGUUUACUGACACGGAGAUCCUUCAAUAAAGUAGCCACAGAAAUGAUCCAUUCAUGCGGUACAAUCCACACAAAAGCGCCAGAGAAUCCGGAACAGUGGCUCAAAGACUGGAGCAAAAAGAUCCAAACGCAAGUCACGUUUUUCCUCGACAAUGCAGAUGGUGUCCUUGAGUCGAAAGAUCGAAGUUCGUUCCCAAGCAUCUUACAGGCGAUGCUGCUGAGGCUGUUNGAGCAGCCUUUGGAUGUUCUGAAAGACGAUGAAACAUCAGUGGAAAAUGCAAUCAAGACCUCAUUUGACCCUCUGACUCAAGCUGAACAUAAAGAAGCCUUCGUUCUCUUGACUGUGUUUCUGGGUCCAUUUAAAUCAGAUGCUGCUGAGGCUGUUAUGGAAGCAUGCUCGAUCCCUGGAACUCUGCCUAGUUCCAUCCUUCGCUCCCUGAAAAACAGAUCACUUCUCGAGCAACCAAGGCCCCGAAUAUAUCAGAUGCAUCCACUUAUUCAAGCUUUAGCGAAGAAGAUUGGUGGAGCUGAGUACCCCGAUCUUGUUGCUGCAGGAGAAAAAUUGGCCUGUGCUCACUUUAUGUCUUGCCUGGUUGAAAAUGCUAACCGGUACUGGAGUAAGGACAGUUGCAGAGAGUCUGUUGAGGCAUUUAACGCAGACAGGCACAAUUUUGAGCAUUUUCUUCAAAUCUACGCUCAAGGAAGAGAACAGGAGGAUUCCAAUAUCAUAGAAUCCUGUAAAACCUUCCUAGACGAUUUUUCCCAGAAGUGCAUGUACUUAGAAAUGUGUGUUCUUCCAAAAUUUUACAUGUCUGUUCUGGAAAGAUUGUUGAAAACAUUUGACGCAGAGUCUCAACCAGUACACAGAGUGGACGUUUUGUGCCUUCUUGGACAUGAGGUUAGAAAAGUAGGCGACACAGUGAAGUACAAAGCCCAUAUGGAGGAAGCCAGAAAGCUGUAUGAAGAGAAGGGUGCUGAUUUUCAGACAAACCCGUUGUCAGAAGUAAUUUAUCUUCAUAGCUAUGCCCGAUUUCUUUCAGAAAGCAAAGUAUCAGAUGAACCUAAAAAAGUUUACCUGAAAUCACUGCAGAUCUGCAAAGAAAAACUCCCUGAACAUCCUGAAAGAGCAGCAACUUUGCUAUUUGCUGGACGACUAGAUAAACGUACCAAGGAAACAACUGAGGRUGGCCAAAAGAUUAAGCAAGCAUGGCAGCUUUUCAACACGUGUCUUGGUGAACAUUUUAUGACUGCACAGUGCCUAAAAGACUUUGCCGACUUACUUUUCUCUUCCGGAAACAAGACUGAACUGGAUAGAGCACUAUCGUAUUAUCAAAAGGCUCUAGAAAUGAUGAAAAAAUUGGGAAUGGAUGGUCAUAAAGAGAGUAUUCUGACUCUAAAAAACUACGGAGUUUGCCACAGGAAGAAAGGUAACUUUGAAGAAGCAAGAAAUCUACUCGAAAAGGCGGAACGCGUUGCCGAGAGAGAACUAGAUGAGGAUCACAGGUGGAAAGUCAUGGUGAAGACUGACCAAGCUCUUUUGUAUGAAGAAGUCGGAAAGAAAGACCAAAUGGAGGUGGCGAUGAAAGAAGGACUUCAUAUGUGUCACAGACUCCAACUGACUGUAGGACAACUGGGCAACAAACAUCUGAUACGGAAAACUCUAAAUCGUUAUCCAGAGUUAUUUCCAAAAGGACAGUACCCUCGUUAAAAUGCACAUAUGCCAUCUGUAACUCAAGGAGAAGUAACUUAGAAGAUCAUUACUUCAGAUGUAAACCAUCAAAAUGACUUUUCAAAAAGCAGCUUAUCCUCUUUAGGAUGAGUCAUAUCACAUGUUGCCAUAUAUAAGAACCGUUUUGUCCGACACUGUUAUUACUUACAAGUUGGGCUGAAUUUCACAGUAAUUACAUUGGCGAAAGAAAUGAACGAAGACCUAUUUUUUACAUAGGUUAGCUAAUUUUUGUUUUCUUUUAAAAUAGAAACAAAGUCGCUAUAACUUGAGUUAUAAACUUACUUUAUAUGUGGCACUCAUGUCCAAUACUGUCGAGUAGAUUCCAUCGGAAAAGAGAACUUUCUAUUCGUUGUCGACCGGAAAAUUACAUCUCAUUAGUUAUUAGCUGGAUAUAAAGCCUGCCGGAUCGAUCGAUUCGAUC